GGCGGUGAGUGGGGCGGCUCCUUUCGCUCUCUUACCCGACAGCGGCGGCGGUAGCUCGGUCCCGGCCACUCAGUGAGGGAGACAGCGGGAGGGGAGGAGGCAGCAGAGGCCACCUCUGGGCCAUCAUCUCCCACUAGUUCCAGAGCCUUUAACUCGGUGGCUGCGAUGGAGGAAAAGAGGAGUUACAUGGCUGAGAGGAUGUUAAACAUCACCCUGGAGAUCAUCUACCUGCUGACUGGGGAGGACUUCACAAUGGUGAAGACAUCUGGUGAGUGUCAGACACCCAGCAACCAUCCCCGUGUGUCUGAAUGGAUGAGCAGUAAUGAGAGCCCCAUCAUGGUGCCUCCACCUCAGUCACUGAUACAUAAGAGGCACAAUGACCAGAAGAUCCUGGAACUCGCCAACAAGAUCAUUCAGCUGCUGACUGGAGAGGUUCCUAUAAGGUGUGAGGAUGUCACUGUCUAUUUCUCCAUGGAGGAGUGGGAGUAUAUAGAGGAACACAGGAAUCUGUACAAGGACAUGAUAGAGAAUCACCAGCCCCCCACAUCACGGAAUGGGUCCAGUAGCACAAAUACCCCAGAGAGAUGUUCUCGUCUUCUAUUCUCUUUGGAUGCAGAGGAGAAUUACAGUAUCCCACUUCAAAAACAGAUGGAAGGCAUGCCAGUUAUUAAAGUGGAAGAUACAGAGGGAGAAGAGACAUAUGUGAGGGCUGCUCAGCAGUGUAAGGAAGAGGAAAUCCCUACAGGUACCAGCACAGAUAGACAGAACUUCGGCAAUACGUUGGAUGGACAAAGUCUUUUAUCUCCAGAUGGUGAUUUACACGAUGACUACAUAACUAGUAAUUCUAUAGGAGAAAUUCCUGUUACCCCAAAUAUAUGUCCAGUACCCGACAAUUCAGCUAUAUCACUAAAUCACUCUGUGCAUGUCAAAUGUUUUCCCAAUAACUCCAAUAUUGCUACUCAUGACACAACUUACAGAGACGGUGAAUUAUUUGCUAAUUUAAAAGAUAAAUGUUUUAGCCGUAAUGCAAAUCCUGUCGGCAAUGGAAUAGAGCACUCAGGUGAGAGGCCAUUUACAUGCUCUGAGUGUGGGAAAUGUUUUACAUCCAAAUAUGCUCUUACUGUACAUCAGGGAACCCACAGAGGUGGGAAACAGUUUUCAUGUUCUGUAUGUGGCAAAUGUUUCAGAAAGAAAUCCCUACUUGGUGAGCACCAGAGAACUCACACAGGUGAGAAGCCAUUUUCAUGUUCUGAUUGUGGGAAACGUUUUACAGGCAAAUCGCCUCUUGUAGCCCAUCUGCGAAUUCACACAGGCGAGAAGCCAUUUUCGUGUUCAGCGUGUGGCAAAUGUUUCAGAAAGAAAUCAAUUCUUGUUGAACAUCAGAGAACUCACUCCGGGGAGAAGGCUUUUUCAUGUCCUCAGUGUGGGAAAUGUUUUACCCAGAAGUCAACACUUUUUAAUCAUCAGAAAAUCCACUCCGUCGAGAGGCCGUUUCCGUGCUCCGAUUGUGGGAAAUGUUUUACACAUAAAUCCAAUCUUGUUAAACAUCAGAGAACUCACCCAGGCAAGAGGCCAUUCUCCUGUUUAGUGUGUGGAAAUGGUUACACACAGAAAUUGAGUCUUCUUGAACAUCAGAGAACUCACACUGGUGAGAAACCAUUUUUAUGCUCCGAUUGUGGAAAAUGCUUUGCAAAGAAAUUCCUCCUCCUUAGUCAUCAAAAAGUCCACUCUGCGGAGAAGCUACUUCCAACAUAAAUGUAAAUCACAUCUUGGUGUGCAUCAGGGAAUACCCAAGACAAAUUGUGGAUUGUGUUGAAUAUGUUGGAAAUGUUUUUCUUUUCAGAUUUCAAAGAAUCCAUUCUAUUGAAAAACCAUUUCAAGGUACGAAGUAUUUACACAGAGCUAGUCAUGCAAAAGCCAAAUCAUAUCAUGUUCUGAAAGCUGGGAAUGUUCUACAUGUCAAUCAAGUCUUCGUAAUAAGUUUAAGUAAAUGACGCAGGUGUUUUGCAGUUGGCUUCAACUCCAGUCAAGUACCCCAAACAGGUCAUGUUUUUGAGGUUGGUCUAUUACUGAUCUAGUAAAAAAGGUUAAAUCUCAGCUACUUAAUUAUUGGAAUUCUGAAAACAUGACCUGUUGGGGGUAUUUCAGGACAGCAGUCGAAAAUCUCUGGUCUGGAAUGUUUUGUAAAUUCGAAAGACUUAUCCGCAUCAACGCAAAAUGACACCCCCCAUCCCCUUCCCCACCCUGAUAUUAGCCAGUUUAAGGGUCUAUUUACGAAGCCUUUAACUGAGAUAAGGUGGUUGGAGAUAAAGUACCAGCCAAUCAGCUCCUAACUGCCAUGUCACAGGCUGUGUUUGAAAAAUGACAGGAGCUGGUUGGUUGGGAUUUAUCUCCGUCCAACUUUAUCUCCGUCCAACUUUAUCUCCGUCCAACUUUAUCUCCGUCCAACGCUUAGUAAAUAGACCCCUUAAUCCCUGAGGUGAAACAGGCACUUUAUUAUGUCCUCUACUAAUUAUAGCUGCAGAUGUGUUUUGAAGAAAGGUAUCUGAUCCAUUUUUUAAAAUGUCGUGGAAUUUAUCACCCCUUGAUUGGUGCGACAUUCCACCGCUAAUGACGCUCUAGAACCCUGGAUAAAUGAUAGUUACGGGAGUACAUAGGGUUACAUAGAGCGUGACCGAAUUAAAGCAUUGGAAUGUGAAGAUGUAUGAAAUCAACAGUGCGUGUAGUGAGAUACUAUCUGGUUACAAUACUGACAUAGACAUAACGUUGAUGAAGAAAAUGGUGACCUUUACUUCAACGUACUCAUAAUGUCGAUUUUUGUAUUAAGCUAAAUUAUGCAUAAAAUUGCAUCAACAUGUUAAAUGUCCACAUUAUGAACACAUCAAUAUAUUAAUCAUGUCGACACAUUGCGUCGCGACCUAAUGUGUCGACAUUCUGUCUACUUUUCAUACCGCACCCAAUGACCCAAUGAGCCUGCUGGAGUAUAAUGGAUAUCAUUUAGACAUAGGGUAUGGUGUACUUACAUUAUAUAUCUACAAAUGUUACAUAUGGCAGAUCUUACUAUGUGUAUAUACAGGUUGAGUAUCCCAUAUCCAAAUAUUCCAAAACACAGAAUUUUUUGAGUGAGACUGGGAUAGUGAAACCUUUGUUUUCUGAUGGCUCAAUGUACACAAACUUUGGAUAAAUUGUUAUUUAAAAUAUUGUAUUAAAUUACUUUCAGGCUGUGUAUAAGGUGUAUAUGUAUCAUAAAUGAAUUGUGUGUAUGUACACAAACUUUGGUUAAUGCACAGUUAUUAAAAAUAUUAGCUAAAAUUA